CAAACCCACCGUUACUUCAGCAACCGCCGCGGUAACCUGAAAAAUUUUAAACAAGGAAGGGAAACACAAAAGGUGGAAGGGAAAAGGGUUUGAUUUCCCCACUCCUGUAGUGCCGCCGCCGUGUUCCGGUGAUCCGCCAUCCGCCUCCGUUCGCCGUCCCCCGCUUGUCCCGUUAGUGGUUUUCGUCCUUCUGGUUCACUCGCCGGCGGACUACAUGCUGAUCGACGGGAUGAGGUCCGUGGUCGCCACGGUGAGCGGUUACCACGGCGACGAGCGGCAUAGGCUUGUAAACCUCAUUGCGGAGACCGGUGCUAGCUACGUAGGAUCAAUGAGCAGAUCCAUCACCCACCUGGUGUGCUGGAGGCUCGAGGGGAAGAAGUACGACAUCGCGAGGAGGCUGGGGACACGCGUUGUGAGCCACUGGUGGUUCACGGAGUGUCUCAGGGAGGGGAGGCGCCUCCCAGAGGACCCGUACUUUAUGGUAAGUGGUGAAGAAGCAGGGCCAGUCCCAGAGCUGCCUUCUCGUUCCCGUAAACAAGUCAAGAAAAAUGCCAUCAUGGAGGACAGAGUUUUCCAAGAGUUACCUGAUGAUUUCUGGGACACUCCUCGAGCUAGAGCCAGCUAUAAAGUUAAGCUUGAUGAUUCUGAUUCUGAUUUUGAGUCUGCCCUGCUAGAACAAAAAAAUCAUUCACCAGACGUUAAGAAAAGGAGAAAGCGUAUGAAGCAUGUCAAUACAUCAACGGACAGAGAUGUCUUAAACCUGCAGGAUAAUGUGUCAAGUGUCAUGGCAAGACAGUGCCUUCAUAUCUCAAGUCAUAGAACGUCCCAGAGCACAUCAAAGCAUAAGGGAAACUUGUCACACUUGCUUCACAAUGAAGUUCCUAUCCGGAUGGGAGAAAGGAACAAUCUUACUGAAAACUCUGAAAAUGAUAGUUUGUCUGACAGCUUCAGUGAACCUCAGACUUCAGAUACUCUGUGUAUAGAAGCUCAAAGAAAAUCAAGUGCACCAUCAUCAUCACUUAGACAAAGUACCCUAGAUUCUCUAUAUGAAUUUGGUGAAACUAGUAGGCAUGAACCAGCAGGAAGAAAAAAACUAGACAACGUUGAAUUAAGGGAGACUUCAAGAAGCUUACUUCCAUUUGAUUUGUCAGGACAGGAACCAGCUUUCUGUACUCAGGAGCAAGUAGAUAAAUGUAGCCUUGGCACUCUAGCUGAUAAAAAACCCAUGGAAAAAUCAUCUAAUAUGGAAAGGCAACCAGAAUUAUCAUGUGUCAUAUGCUGGACAGAUUUUUCUUCUACAAGGGGCAUCUUACCAUGUGGACAUCGAUUCUGUUAUUCAUGCAUUCAAGGAUGGGUGGAUUGUCUGGCUUCUAGGGGUAAAGUCUCAACAUGUCCCCUUUGCAAAGCCAGUUUCACAUGUAUCAGUAAGGUGGACGAGGCAGGCACCUCAGAUCAGAAGAUAUACUCGCAGACCAUUCCCUGUGAAGCUUCUACUGAUGUUUUUGUGUCGGGCAAUGUAGGCUACGAUUUCUCUCGACCAACGUCUGGGCAAGGAGCAUGCUACCAGUGUCACUUCCGUGAGCCCGAGGAGCUUCUUCUAAGCUGCCACGUCUGCAGAUCACAGUGGGUACACUCGUACUGCCUUGAUCCUCCGCUGACUCCUUGGACAUGCAUGCACUGCAGAGACCUGCGUAUGCUGUUUCACCGGUAUCGUUAGCCCCAGUUAUGGUACUCAUGUCAAACCUUAAUUGUUGGAGGAAAUUGUAUCAGAAGGCAUGAACACCAUUUGAUUACUGAGAUGUAACUGCCAAGUUCCAUUUGAUGUCUAUACUCUAACAUUGAUUACUGAGGGUCGAUGUGAGCUUUUUU